CCCAUGAGUACAUUCUAGGCAUAAGGGCCCUCUUCAGCAAAUACUGGGCAUACCAGAUUGUAAUAUAGGAGGAACAUUGAGGAGGCACGAAUAAUGUUCAGUAAACCCAGAAAAGUAGACUCAAGCCAGAUUAUAAAGGACUUUAAGAAUUAAGGGAGGAGUUUGCAUUUUAUUUUGGAAGCCAAAAGAAAGCCACUGGAGCUUCCUGAGCAGAAGAGAGAGAAGGUCAGACUUGUGCCAAAGGACUAUCAAUUUGGCAACUUAAUGGAAGCUAUAUUAGAGGAAAGGAUCUUGGGAGAAGGAGAUCAAUUAGAAAUUAACUUCACAUAAGUAAAUAACAAAUUUUUGUUGUGAUUGAAUUAGCAAAUCUAGAGGGAAGGACUAGGAGUCUUGAGUGUGCAGAACAUGAAGAAAGGAAAUAAGAAAUGACAUCUGCAUUGACCCAGGGGCUGGAGCGAAUCCCUGACCAGCUGGGCUAUCUAGUGCUGAGUGAGGGAGCCGUGCUGGCGUCAUCUGGUGAUUUGGAGAAUGAUGAACAAGCAGCUGGUGCAAUCUCUGAGCUAGUGAGCACAGCCUGUGGAUUCCGGUUAUACCGUGGCCUUGACAUGCCCUUCAAACGCUUGUCUGUGGUCUUCGGGGAACACACGUUGUUGGUGACUGUGUCUGGACAGAAGGUGUUUGUGGUGAAAAGACAGAAUCACAGCCGCGAACCCAUCAAUGUCUGAGGCUACAGGGGACUGGAGGGGAAAGUUGAGAGUAUCUCUGUAAGCUUACUGCUUUUCUACCUACCCAUUUUUUACCACCUCCCCGAGUAGAAUCUAGGCAUUCUGCCUUGCCCUCAUUCCUUCUCUCUCAUCUCUGCUCAUGGAAGAGAGAGUUGGGUUUCUUUCUCAGUGUUAAAGUGGAUCAUAGCAGGGACAAUCUCCCUCCUUUCCAAUAAACAUGGUGUCUGACACUA